CCCUUCGGUCGAUCUUGCCAAGACAUUUAUAUAAAAAGUCGAUCUUGAUCCAAAAUUAGUGGACAACACUGAUCUAUAUUAGUAAAUACGAUAAGUACAAAAAAAUACACUUUUUCUCAAAAGUUCCAAUAUUGGAACUAUGGGCUAAAUUAAAUGGUCCUUAACGACUUUUUUAAUAAUUUCAGACCCCUCACAACUGCAGAACUCAUUUAAAUAAUAGAAGACGAGGAUGUUUGGGCCGCUGUUAUACAGCCUGAUUCAGAAUGAUGGUUCAGCACCAUAAGUGCUGAAGAUAGCGGCAAUGAAGACUUCUGCAACGAUAUCAAUAACUGGAUGGUCGACAGCUUCAAGCGGAAGCUAUGGCGAAAAUUACAAAUCUAGGACGGACUUUCACAAUUGGUGAUAACGACACUGCAAACCUUUGUCAGAAAUACAAAAGAACUUACCAAAAAAAAGAAACUGGCAAAAAUCCGAUCUUAUUGCUGGGUUUCCGGAUCCCUUCUGAUCCGGUGGAAUGCUUUGAGUUUUUUCUUGAUGAUAGUAUUAUAUAAUUUUAGGCAGAAAUGACGACAUUAUAUGCACAACAAAAGGGUGAACUUAAAUUCCGACUUUCCAAUGAAAAAAUAAAGUGCUUUUUUGUCAUAGGGCUAUUAUCGGUCUAUUCUGUUGUUCCUAGACCGUCUAAUCGUAAUCUUACUGCUUACAAUUGGUUUCAUACCCACAUACCUGGGAUUAGGAAACAUCUAUAACCUUACCUAAAGUUCUUCACAGGUCAUUGAUCCUAAACAGUUAAAUAAGUAAUCUUGCAAAUCAUCGUUACAAAAAUGAAAAACUUUUAUUAUGACGAUUACAAGCAAGACAAUUAAAAAAAUAAAUAUCUAUUGGUACAAAUCUCUAAACAAUACAAAAACUCUUAUCGUUGUAGAAAUAAUCAGAUAACGUCUAUUAAAAUGAAACACUAAAACAUUAAUGAAUUAGAUCGUUUUCAUAUUGUAAAAAGCAAGUUUUGUUAAGAUUUUGAUUUCAUCUAAUUCGAUCAUUAUGAGUAAUACAGUCGAAGAUUUAGUGCCAAAUGUAAAACGUGCUAUCGAUGAUAUUGUAACAACUGAGUUCGCUUCACCACCAACCAUAAAUAUUUCGCCCGGAUCUCAAUUAGGUGAUGGUUACGCUUCAAGAACCUUAGCUGUUGAAAUGAAAGAUACGGAAAAAACGAUCAAUUUGUUCAUAAAAUAUUUACCAGAAUUGAAAAAUGAUAUGAUCGAAUCUCUUAAAUCAGCGUUUGAUGUUGAGUUUCGCUUUUAUCAAGAAAUUUAUCCUGAAAUGAAAAAAAUUCAAGAAGAGAAGGGAUUAAAAGAAAAUAUUUUUGAUAAUGUCCCAAUACAUGUUAAAACUAACGUUAAAUUUGAUGGUUAUACCCCUAUUAUAUUGGAAAAUCUGCGACUUUCUGGUUACACUUUACGAGAUUAUCAAACUCCCAUUGAUGAAGAACACUUAGUGUUGGCUUUGAAGACUUUUGCUAAGUAUCACGCAUUAUCUUAUGCGUUAAAAGACAAAAAACCUGGUUUAUUUCAAAAACUUACUUUUAAUAUGAAAGAUUCUUUUGCAAAGAUUUUUGAAUCAAUGCUAGCUGACAGUUUUGGGCAGGCCAUAGAUAUGUUUUUAAAUGAUUUGGAUUCUGAUUUGGAUAAAAAUUUAAUUAAUUCGUGUGGAAAUUUACGGAAAAUUUUAAUUGAUCACGCUUGUACUGUUGAUAAAUUUGUUGAUGAUUACGCUGUAAUUUGCCAAGGAGAUUGUUGGUCAAACAACAUGAUGUUUCUUUAUGAUGAUAAUGGAAAACCCGUCAAUAUCAAAUUACUUGAUUGGCAAGUCCAACGAUUUAAUUCUCCGAUUUUAGAUGUUUCUUAUUUCUUUUACAACGUAGCCACAAAGGAAACAAUAAAAGAUUUUAAUAAAUACUUCAACCUUUAUUACAAUACUUUAGCGGAUUUCUUAAAAAGAUUGGGAAGUGACCCAAAAAAAGUUUUUCCUAAAGCGAUUUAUUUAAGUCAUUGGAAAAAAUACGCCAAAUUUGGUUUGACGAUGGCUUUCGGUGGCUUUUUGAUGUUAGCCAAUAAAGAUAACAUGCCAAAUUUAUUGGAAGGAGAUGAUUUAAAAAUUUCUAAUCCAUCCGAUGACUUUGAAGGCAGAAAAGAUUAUCAACAACACAUGAAAAUGCUUGUGGAACAUUUUCUUGAACGCGAUUUCUUAUAAAACGAAUUUAUUAUAAAAAAAUAAAUCAUUAUAAAAAUAG